AACAAAACUACAAAAGCACUUACGCAAAACUGAUUCAGCCUCCAUAACACAAUUUCACAAAUAUUUUAUUUCCAAUUAUUUCCCAUAAUGUUUCAUUUCAUUUAUUUUAGAAUAAUUAAACACAUAAAUUACGAGUAGUAGUUAUAUAUACACCCACAAAUCUUUGUCAUUUGAGCACAAUACCUUAGGCUUGGGCAAAAAGCCAGGCCUAAUUUAAAAAAACAAACACAAAAACAACCACAAAUAAUGGCUUCAAUGGCAGCUAUUUUCACCAAAACCCCAACAAAUCCAUCCAUCUCAUUCCCAAAGCUGUCGAAAACCCAAUUUGGUUCAUCAAAUAUUAUACCAUUUUCGACUCGAAACCGGAAUCCUCGGGUUCGAACCCAGCUGCGAGUCGCAUCGCAGCUGAUUUCGCCCGAUGGAGGCAAGCUUGUGGAACUGGUGGUUGAUGAAUCCCUCAAGAGAGAGAAAAAGAGGGAGGCUAUUGAACUGCCAAGAAUCAAGCUUACGAAGAUCGAUCUACAAUGGGUUCAUAUUCUUAGUGAAGGGUGGGCUAGCCCACUUUCUGGGUUCAUGAAAGAAAAUGAGUUCCUCCAAACGCUUCAUUUCAAUUCGCUCCGACUUGACGAUGGUUCCUUUGUCAACAUGUCGGUUCCGAUUGUUCUCGCCAUUGAUGAUUUGGUCAAGGAUCAGAUUGGUGAGUCUCGCCGAGUCGCCCUGUUUGACCCUGCUCGUGAUGAGCCGGUUGCGAUCCUCAACGACAUUCAGAUAUACAAGCACAACAAAGAAGAACGUGUUGCAAGAACAUGGGGUACCACUGCUCCUGGUCUUCCAUAUGUGGAGGAAACAAUAGCCAAUGCUGGAGACUGGUUGAUUGGAGGGGAUUUAGAGGUUCUAGAACCUAUUAAGUACAAUGAUGGUCUUGAUAGGUUCCGUCUAUCCCCUGCUCAGCUACGCAAGGAAUUCCUCAAUCGUGAUGCUGAUGCAGUCUUUGCAUUCCAACUUAGGAAUCCAGUGCACAAUGGUCACGCUCUGCUAAUGACUGACACACGUCGUCGUCUUCUUGACAUGGGAUAUAAGAAUCCUAUCCUUUUGCUUAAUCCACUCGGAGGCUUCACCAAGGCUGAUGAUGUUCCACUGCAUUGGCGUAUGAAGCAACAUGAAAAGGUGCUUGAAGAUGGUGUGUUAGACCCAGAGACGACUGUUGUUUCAAUAUUUCCUUCUCCUAUGCACUAUGCUGGUCCAACUGAGGUACAAUGGCAUGCAAAGGCUCGUAUUAAUGCUGGUGCCAAUUUUUACAUUGUUGGCCGUGACCCUGCCGGCAUGGGUCAUCCUGUUGAGAAAAGAGAUUUAUAUGAUGCUGACCAUGGGAAGAAGGUGCUUAGCAUGGCUCCUGGACUCGAGCGACUCAACAUCCUUCCAUUCAAGGUUGCUGCUUAUGACAAGACUCAAGGCAAAAUGGCAUUCUUCGAUCCAUCAAGGCCUCAAGAUUUUCAGUUCAUAUCAGGCACCAAGAUGCGAACUCUGGCUAAGAACAAAGAAAAUCCCCCUAAUGGAUUUAUGUGCCCUGGUGGAUGGAAGGUUUUGGUGGAAUACUACGACUGUGUUGCUUCCUCUGAUAAUGGCAAGAUUCCUCAAGCCGCCGCUGCUGCUGCUGUAGCUGUUUGAUGAGUUUUUUUAGUCCCAUUUGAAACUUCUAUCGUUUGUGUGAAAUCGCUAUGAAUUCCUAUUUCCUACGAAUAUUUGUCUCGAAAACUUUGUACAUAUUUCUGUUUCUGGAUUUCUCUGGUCAAAACUUGCUGCUUGGUACCAGAUUAUGUAGGGUCCUGAGUUAUUUGCUCCCCUACCCUAAGUUCGUGGAAGCAUUUCUCGGGGAAUAUGCAUAAUUCCCCGUUCUAAUUCAAAGGCUUUCGCAAGCCAUCAUUGUAACAAAUUGGAAUGAAUAAUGAAUGAACUGUGGUGAUCUCACAUUGUAUGCUUAAUUGUUCGAAAACGUAGGGUCUUUGCGAACCUGAA